ACCCGUUUGUUUCUGAAGUGGGAAGUGGGUUUAUUCUCUCGUAAGGAGCACAGACAUGAGACGAGUCAGGAUGCUUUGUGUUGUCUUGGCGCUGCUUGUUACUCAAUGCGCCGCCGUCGUAAGAGUUCCUCUGUAUAAAACCAGAAGUCUCCGCCGCCUCAUGAGCGACAAUGGCAGGACUGUGGAGGAACUUCGGGCUCUGGCCAGGAGUGUCGGAUCUCCGGACAGCUCUCCGUCCCCCAGGCUGCCUGUGGAGAGGCUGACCAACUUCAUGGAUGCCCAGUACUAUGGCGUCAUCAGCAUCGGCACCCCUCCGCAGAACUUCUCCGUCCUGUUUGACACCGGCUCCUCCAACCUCUGGGUCCCGUCUAUCCACUGCGCUUUCUUCGAUCUGGCCUGCUGGGUUCAUCGUCGUUACAACUCCCAAAAGUCGAGCACGUACGUGAAGAACGGAACAGAGUUUGCCAUCCGGUACGGCAGAGGCAGCUUGUCUGGCUUCAUCAGUGAGGACACCGUCUCGGUUGCGGGUUUAUCCGUGCCCGGUCAGCAGUUUGGAGAAGCGGUGAAGCAGCCUGGCAUCACCUUUGCCGUUGCCCGCUUCGAUGGCGUCUUGGGCAUGGCGUAUCCCUCCAUAUCGGUGGCUAAAGUCACCCCGGUGUUCGACACAGCCAUGGCGGCCAAGCUGCUGCCACAGAACAUUUUCUCCGUCUACAUCAGCAGGGACCCGAAAGCAGCAGUGGGAGGAGAGCUGAUGCUGGGUGGGACCGACCCGCAGUACUACACCGGAGACCUACACUACGUCAACGUGACGAGAAAGGCCUACUGGCAGAUCGACAUGAACAGAGUUGACGUGGGCAACCAGCUGACGCUCUGCAAAGACAGUUGCCAGGCAAUUGUUGACACGGGAACGUCUCUAAUCGUGGGUCCAGCUGCAGAAGUCAGAGCGCUGAACAAAGCUAUCGGCGCUCUGCCUCUGCUGAUGGGAGAGUACAUGAUUGACUGCAAGAAGAUCCCAACGCUUCCUGUCGUUUCAUUCAACAUCGGAGGGAAGGUGUUCAACUUAACUGGGGAGGAUUAUGUCAUGAAGGAGUCUCAGAUGGGAGUGUCCAUCUGUCUGUCCGGGUUCAUGGGCAUGGACAUCCCGCCGCCGGCCGGGCCGCUUUGGAUCCUGGGAGACGUAUUCAUUGGGAAGUACUACACCGUGUUUGACAGGAAUGAGGACCGAGUCGGGUUUGCACCCGCCAAGUAGACGACUGGUAAAAUUUCCUUUCAACUUCUAAUUAGACUUUCAAGAAAAAUAAUCAGCUGAUCAAAUUAAAAAGCACAGCAAGAAAUGCUACAGUUCACCAUUUUCCAAAGAUUCACUUUUAAAAGCUAGAAAAUCCAGCAUGUUGACGUGCAUCGAUGCCUCUGUUUGGAUACUUAUUUGUUGCACUCAUGUGAAGCUGCGUUCUAACAUUCAAAUUUAACUUUACGUUGUUCUGGUAUAUUUUCAAACUGCGGAUUUCAUUUCCUUUGCUUAAAACCAAUUUUGUCUUUUUGUUUUUUGUAUUGUAGUUGAAUUAAAAUUCUAUCCAAUGUGAGCUUUUCAAAGCUGAAUAAAAAUAUUGAAUGCUUUGUA